AUGAUCUUUCCAGGACAAGAUCGUUUGUUAUCUCACGCCAUUGUCGGCGGCCGCCUCCAUGGGGUGGUAUCAUGGGGUCGUAGGUGUGCGCAGCCCAUUGUUCAACCCAUGAUUCUGGUCGCAGUAGCCCAGUAA